AUGAGACAAGUUCCUGACAAGUCGUGGAUUGAUAUUCCUAUUAUGAAAAGAAGAGCGGGAGGUGACACUCGAUAUCGUAAAGGAUGGGAAGCGUUCCUUGAGUAUGCGUAUGCGAAUCCGAGGAAGUUAGAAAAUGAUUUACUGUUUUGUCCAUGUAGUUUUUGCAGAAAUAGGGGUUUGGUGGAUAGAGUUACUAUACGAAAACACUUAGAAAGAUGGGGAUUUGAUGAAAAGUACAAAUAUUGGAUAUUUCACGGAGAAGAUGACGAUAUUGAACCAGCUGACGGAAAUAUAAAUUUAAGAAUAGACGAUACACAUGCAAUGUUCAAUGAUAUUGCCGCAGUUACAGAAGUUGUAGAAUUUCCGGAGGUUCUUGAAGUUCCCGAAGAUGCAGAAGGUGUCGAAAAUGUUGAUGAUGUGCGUGAUACCGAUAGCUUUAAAAGUUUAAUGAAGUUAUUAGAAGAUGACGAAAAGGAUUUGUAUGCCGGUUGCUCAGAGUAUAGUAGAUUGUCGUUUAUUCUUCAACUGAUGCGUAUUAAGACCCUCAGCGGAAUGGCAGAUAAAUAUUUUCAAAUGCUUCUUAAUUUAUUACGCAAGGUAAUUCCGGAUGGAGAGAAUAGUAUACCAGAAAAAUGUUAUGAUGCAAAUAAGAUCGUUGGCGCUCUCGGUUUAGAUUACACAAAAAUCCAUGCGUGUCCUAAUGAUUGUAUCCUGUAUUAUAAGGAUAAUGAGAAGCUUGAAGAAUGUCCAAAGUGUGGAGUGUCUCGUUGGAGAAAGAAUACACGCACUUCAACACGAAAGGCAGAUGAGCCUGUUAAGCAGCCGAAGAAAAUUCCAGCGAAGGUGCUCCGACAUUUUCCCUUAGUACCGCGUUUACAGAGGUUGUAUAUGACAAAAGACACAGCUAAAAACAUGCGGUGGCAUAAGGAAGGACGCGUAGUUGAUGGUAAACUCAGGCAUCCGGCAGAUGCAGAUGCAUGGGAGCAUGUUGAUCAAUCUUUUCCUUGGUUUUCCACAGAGUGCAGGAAUGUUAGACUCGGUCUAUCUAGUGACGGAUUCAACCCGUUUGGCAUUAUGAGUUCAGGUUGGUCUACUUGGCCCAUUGUGUUAAUACCUUAUAAUUUACCACCUCGACUUUGUAUGAAGCAACCGUAUAUGAUCCUUUCAUUGCUGAUACCAGGCAAACACUCACCCGGUAAUGACAUAGAUGUGUUCAUGGAGCCGUUAAUUGAUGAGUUAAAACUUCUCUGGGAUGAAGGGGUCCAAACGUAUGAUGCAUUUUCCCGUCAAACGUUUAAUCUUCGUGCUAUUCUUAUGUGGACCAUUAAUGAUUUUCCAGCUUAUGCUAAUCUCUCCGGUUGGUCUACAAAAGGAACAUUUGCUUGUCCCGUAUGUGGUCCAAACUUUGAAGGCUUUCAUUUACAACACAGUAGAAAGAUGUGUUAUUGGUUUAACAGAAGAUGGUUACGUAAAGGACAUAAAUACAGAGGGAAAAGGUGGGCGAAUAAGUUUGAUGGCCAAGAAGAGAAAAGAGGAGAGCCGCACGUAAUGACUGGAGAUGAAAUUGUAGAAUUAUUUGAGGGAUAUCCUAAAAAUAAGUUUGGAAAGAGCCGAUAUACAAGAGAAGAUAUUCUAGCUCCAAGACGCAUUUCCAUUAUGAAGAAGGCACCGAAACGAAAGAGAAAAGUGUGCAUUACGGAUGAGACACGUGAUGAGGAAUUACCAAAAGGAUGGACAAAAUUUAGUAUAUUUUUUCAGCUACCGUACUGGCAAAAGCUAAAAAUUCGGCAUAACCUAGAUGUAAUGCAUAUUGAAAAAAAUAUAUGUGAUAACCUGUUGUCCACACUCUUACAGGAUGGUAAGAAAUCAAAGGACGAUUUACGAGCUCGGCGAGACUUGAAUGCAUUGAACAUCCGACAUGAUCUGCAAGCACGAGAAGUUACUGAAGGCAAAUUUGAGUUGCCCUCAUCUCGCAUUACGAUGACAAAGGUUGAGAUGCAAAGAUUCUGUGAGGUGCUCAAAUCGGUAAAGUCGCCAGAUGGUUACUGUUCUAAUAUUUCAAAUAAUGUCCAGGUGAAAGAGCGAAAAAUUUUGGGACUUAAGACUCAUGAUUAUCACAUCCUUCUUCACCAAUUGCUUCCCACAGCACUCCGUAACAAUAUGGCUGAUGAUGAAGUAGCAAAGGUUAUAAUUGAAUUCUGUGGAUUUUUUAGAAAGUUAUGCUCAAAAGUUAUCAAUGUUACAGAAUUUAAGACACUAAAAGGAGAAAUGAAUGAAACCCUUUGCAAAAUGGAGUUAUUCUUCCCUCCCUCAUUUUUUACUAUUAUGGUCCAUCUUACACAUCAUCUUGUAGAUGAGGCAUUACUCGGAGGUCCAGUUAACUAUCGUUGGAUGUAUCCCAUGGAGAGAUAUUUGGGUUUCUUGAAGCGCAUAAUGCGCAAUCGAGCUCAUCCGGAGGGUUCGAUUGCUGACCAUUACGUUGCAAAUGAAUGCAUGUCUUUUGCCUCUCGAUAUAUGCGAGGUGGAGAUGCAAAUAAUAAUACACAAAUUAGUAAAAGAGAUGCCACUUUUCAUGGCAGUACCAAGAUGAACAAGGAUUACUCCAGAAUAGACUUGGAACAAGCUCAUGCAUUCGUCUUGCACAAUCUGGAGAUCUUUGAAAAUUAUCGAAAGUAA